AUGGAAAAGAUGCCUCCCUAUAUGGUCUGCAUGAAAAGCGUAUUCUCUGAGAAGAAGGCCUUGAGGGGAGAUGAAACUAUAGUGCUGACCAACGAGUGCAGUGCAUUGGUGCAGAAGAAGCUACCCCAGAUGAUGCCAGAACCCGGGAAUUUCCUGAUUCCCUAUACAAUUUGGACAAUUACAUUUGAGAAGGCACUAUGCGACCUUGGAUCAAGCAUAAAUUUGAUGCCGCUCUCUAUGAUGAAGAAGUUGCAGAUCCAAGAGGCGCAGCCCACAAGGAUCUCACUAGAGAUGGCGGACAAGUCCCUAAAGCGGGCAUAUGGAUUGGUAGAGAAUGUCCAAGUAAAGACUGAAGACCUUUACCUCCCUGCUGACUUCAUGAUGCUUGAUACGGAAGAAGAGACAGAUUACUCCAUCAGCGUAGGAAGGCCGUUCCUAGCCACAGGGAGAGCCUUGGUUGACGUGGAGAGAGGAGAGUAA